CUGUAUCAACCUUGGCGGGAGGAGAUUCCGAACCCAUCUGCCAUAUUUUCGUCUCAGAAGAUGGGGCAUUCAUGCUGAACUCUUCUUGGUGGCCUGUCCUGUGAUGCUCCUAUUCAGCUUCGUAUCUCAAUGGUCGCACCGGUAGACCUCAUCCGAACGAGUUGUUUCUCCCAAACUGCCGCACACACAAGAUGACGCUCAUCGGAGUGAGUUUUGAAGGCCGGACAGAAUUCCGUCUGCGAUCAACGGUCAACGGUGAACGGUCAGUUGGGAUCUGUCGCUGCCCACCGAGGCUCGUAGAAAAUCGGAGUUUUGGCGGCGAUUCGUUUCCCCAAACAAAAUCGCAGGCCCUAGUCUCUUUUCAAUGGUUGUUCACAACAUUUUCUUCCCCUCCCCCCAGACUUGAUUGUAAUGGCAACAAACGGUGUACAAGGUGAGUCCACGAGCUCUGUUGAACUCUGGAGACAUCCUCGUCCCGAGUCGACCGAAUUUUAUGCUUUCCAGCAGCACGUCGCAACCAAGUUCGGCGUGUCGACCGCCUCUUACCAUGACAUUUGGCAGUGGAGCGUCGACCACCCCAGUGCCUUCUGGGAGGAGGUCUGGCAUUAUACGGGCAUAAAGGCAAACAAGCAGUAUGACUCCGUGCUGAACGAAUCAGCUCCAAUGUUCCCCAAGCCUUCCUUUUUCUCUGGCUGCGAAUUGAACUUCGCUGAGAACCUACUAUUCCCUCAUUCGAACCCUCCCGAUGACGCUCUUGCUAUCCUUGCGGCCACCGAGAACACACGCGAGCAGGUGACAUGGGCAGAGCUGCGAGAGCGGGUUCGGAAAUGCGCCGCGGCCAUGGAAAAGCACCGGCUCAAGAAAGGAGACAGAGUGGCGGGUUAUCUGGCCAACCACUCGAACUCGGUGGUUGCUAUGCUGGCGGCGACUUCUCUGGGUGCAAUAUGGACGGGAGUCAGUCCUGACACGGGUGUGCAUGCCGUUCUCGAUCGACUCCGUCAAAUUGAACCCGUCCUCGUGUUUGCCGACAAUGCAGUCACAUACAACGGAAAGAUUCAUGAGACCCAUGCCAAAGUGUCGCAAGUUGUCUCAGAGUUGCCCUCGGUUAAGAAUGUUGUUAUCUUCGAAAGCGUUCCUGGCCACCCAUUUGACAUCUCUACAACUGGGAAACCAGACACACUCGUGGAGAUGUAUUCUUCAUUCCUGGCUAAGGGUGACGUGUCAAGACCACUCCGCUUUGCGUACCUUUCCCCCGAUCAUCCUGUCUACAUCCUGUACUCUUCCGGCACCACUGGCGUGCCCAAGCCUAUUGUGCACGCUUCACUUGGAACUCUCCUCCAGCACAAGAAAGAACACCAGAUCCACUCUGAUGUCAAACCUCUGGAGAGGGUAUUCUACUUUUCCACUGUGACUUGGAUGAUGUGGCACUGGCUUGUGUCGGGUUUAGCUAGCGGAGCAACUAUCGUGCUAUACGAUGGCUCUCCAUUCCACCCACACAAGGAGAUGAGCAUGCCGCUUCUGAUUGACGAGCUUGAGAUCAACCACUUCGGCACGUCCGCAAAAUACCUGUCCAUCUUGGAACAGGCCCAGACACUACCCCGAGAGGCAUCUCCCCAAAAGGCCACCCUCAACUCUCUGAAAUCUAUCUUCUCUACCGGCUCACCUCUAGCGCCCAGUACCUUUGAGUACGUCUAUAAGUGCCUAUCGCCUCCGGCUCCUCACCCGGGAAUACUUCUUGGUUCUAUAACCGGAGGAACCGACAUCAUCUCCCUGUUCGGCGCUCCUUGUCCGAUAUUACCGGUCCACUCUGGUGAGAUCCAGUGCCGUGGCCUCGGCAUGGCGAUAAAGGCCUUCUCCGCAGAUGGCCAAGACAUAACAUCGACUGGUCAACCGGGAGAGCUCGUCUGCACUGUGCCGUUCCCUUGCCAGCCGUGCAUGUUCUGGCCGCCGGGCCCGAGCGGCGAAAAGCGGUACAAGUCGUCAUACUUUGAGGUCUUCACGGACCCCAAAACAGGCCAUCCGAUCUGGCACCACGGCGACUUUGUACGCUUCAACCCUUCGACGGGUGGCAUAUGGAUGCUGGGCCGAUCCGACGGCGUGCUCAACCCGAUGGGUGUCCGUUUCGGCUCCAGCGAGAUCUACAACAUCCUCCUCAAGCAUUUUAGCACCGAGGUCGAAGAUGCGCUGUGCAUCGGGCGCAAGCGGGAGCAAGACACCGACGAAGUCGUCGUGCUGUUUCUCAAGAUGGGGCCAGGCCAGGCCUUCUCCAAGGAGCUGGUGCACAAGAUCCAAGCCGUGGUCAGAAAGGAGCUGAGUGCGCGCCACGUGCCCAAGAUCGUGGACGAAUGUCCCGAAAUCCCAGUCACGACGAACGGCAAGAAGGUCGAAGGCGCGGUCAAGCAGAUCUUGAGCGGAAUGCAUAUCAAGACCAGUGCCAGCGUGGCCAACAGUGGCUGUCUGGAUUGGUACCGCGAAUGGGCGCAAACGCAUUAGGUGUGUCACGGCAAAAGCUACUCGGCUUCAUAUGAUGAACGACUAAAAGGGGUGGGUUGGGGGUUUGGUUCUCUAACGAUGUCGACGAUGGGUUGUCGAUAGAUUGUUUGUGAAUAGACGGUAAUUGUCGCAGCGUCGGCAGGCCAAGAUAGAUAUACUCCGGAUGGAUUCUAAGGGAAAUAUUACCGGGAUCUUGUUCAAUCCCCAAAUCACACCUGUUGCC